GGCAAGUCCGCGACCCGUGGCGCCGCCUUCAGGAAGCUGUCCGCCGCCGAGCAGGCAGCGAAGCUCAGGGAGAGGGCCAGCGCGUCCCAGAACAAGGACACCAUAUCCAAGAUAAUCCAGCUGAUGGACGACAAGCCCGAGCUGCUGGAGAUCCUCAAACGGUCCAUCGAGAGCGAGGGCAUCGACUUCAAGGACGUGGUCGUGAAGAGCAAGAGGUCCGCCUCCAAGGAGCAGCUGGCGAUGGAGCAUGCUGCAAGCCCUGAUGGCAAAGGGCCUGGUGGCGACGGUGACGCCGCGAGUGUGAAGGGCCCUCUGGCGACGGCCUUGCCAACGAGCCGGCACCGCCCAUCGGCAGCUAUCCACGACCCUGACCCGAAAAAUUGGGCCCCACACAAGUACACGAGAAUCGACAACUCCUCCGAGGCCUUCAUCAAGGAGCUCCUCGAGUACGUCGAGCCAGUCACGUAUAGUAAGGCCGCUUGCGGAGUGCUGAGGGGCAAGAAGGAGGACAAGAUGACGACGCUGUGCGAACAUUUCGAGUUCACCACGGGCGAGUCCUACAGCAUUCAGCUGAUUGGGAACAUGCGGCACAUUUCCCACGUUGAAGGCCCACCUGAAGCAGUGCAACUUGCAGAACGGCAGGCGAACGAUAAGUACCACAUCGUGCCUGCCAAAGACAUGCUGACGUUCUCCGACGGGUCCUUGAUCGAUCUGGAGGGCUUGUCGCUGAUCAUGAACUACUCCACCAGCAAAGCAAAGAUUGCGUCUACGCAUACCUCGAGCACCGUGGACGUCAAUAAGCUGGGCAAC